AUGCUCAGGUGUCUGGUGUUGACAACUCUCGCAGCCAUGGUGCUGGCUGAGCUGGAGCCCCAGCCCAGGUACAUGGAGGACAAUUUUCAGAGAGUUGUGGGUGGCGAGGUGGCUGCACCCAACUCCUGGCCCUGGCAGAUCUCUCUUCAGUACAAGUCUGGCAGCAGGUUCUACCACACCUGUGGAGGCAGCCUGAUCAGGAGAGGAUGGGUGAUGACUGCUGCUCACUGUGUGGACAGACCCAGCACUUAUCGUGUCGUUCUUGGCGAGCAUGACCUGAACAGCAACAGCGGCAGGGAGCAGUACAUAAGCGUCGGCACUAUUUACAUCCACCCCAGAUGGAAUUCCAACAACGUCGCCUCUGGAUGGGACAUUGCCCUGCUGCGUUUGUCCUCUGAGGCCUCCCUGAACUCCUACGUCCAGCUGGCCUCUCUGCCUCCCUCUGGCCAGAUCCUGCCCCACAACAACCCCUGCUACAUCACCGGAUGGGGACGCACCGCCACUGGUGGCAACCUGUCUGCCCAGCUGAAGCAGGCCUACCUGCCUGUUGUUGACCACAAGACCUGCUCCAGCUAUGGCUGGUGGGGCAGCACUGUCAAGGAGAGCAUGGUCUGCGCUGGUGGCGGCGCUGAGGCUGGCUGCAAUGGUGACUCUGGUGGCCCUCUGAACUGCAAUGUCAAUGGCAAGUACUACGUCCAUGGUAUUGCCAGCUUUGUUUCUGGCCUGGGCUGCAACGCUCCCAAAAAGCCCACUGUCUUCACCCGCGUCUCUGCCUACAUCGGAUGGAUGAACUCGGUCAGUUUGAGGGAUAUAUAA